AUAGUGCUCUGGAAGAGAGGAGGAGAGGAAUAAGGCAGGGCAGAAGGGGUGCCCGGGCUCCCUGUGUGAGAGAGCUGCUUUGUGUUCAGUCAGCCCAGGACAACGUAGCACCACCUUCCACAGGGGCCUGAGUCUUGCCUGGGCCAGGUGUCUGGAGCAGCUCUGUGGGCUGCAGGCACCCAUCUGCUCAGUGAGAGACAGGUAUCCUGCAGUGAUGGCCAGGCUGCUGGCCAAGACCUGCUGCUCCAAAGUGCUUUCUCAGGUUCCCAGAUGCCCCCCUGGGUUGGUGGCUGCCAGAACCUGGAGCCAUGGGCCUCUCACUGCCUAUAUGCCUGAAGCCGUCGCCUUCCCCAGACCCAAGGACCACCAAGAUUUGUACAGGGUGUCAGUGGAGCAGAGUGACACCUUCUGGGGAGCACUAGGAAGGAGCCGGCUCACCUGGAUCACCCCCUUCCAAUCUGUCCAGGACUGUGACUUCUGCCAGGGCAGAGUCUCCUGGUUCCUGGGUGGGCAGCUGAAUGUGACAGUGAAUUGUCUGGACCGUCAUGUCCAUGUAGCCCCGGACAAAGUGGCUUUAAUCUGGGAGAAGGAUGAACCCGGAGAGGAGGUACGGGUGACAUACAGGGAACUGCUGGAGCUGACGUGCCGCCUGGGAAACACCUUGAAACGGCAAGGGGUGAAGCAGGGUGACAGGGUGACAAUCUACAUGCCCCCAUGCCCACUGGCAGUGGCUAGCAUGCUGGCCUGUGCCCGCAUUGGGGCCGUGCAUGCUGUGGUGUUUGCUGGCUUCAGUGCAGAGUCUCUCGCUGACAGGAUCCGGGAUGCCCAGUCAGAGACUGUGAUUACGGUGAACCAGGGGCUAAGAGGUGGCAAGAUUAUCGAGCUAAAGAAGACAGUGGACCAGGCUGUGAAGCAGUGCCCCAGAGUGAAACGGGUUCUGGUUUCCAUGAGGACCACCAACGAGGUUCCCAUGACAGCCCUAGAUGUGCCACUAGAGGAGGAGAUGAUGAAGGAGGAUGUGUGCUGUGAGCCUGCUGUCAUGGACAGUGAAAACAUGUUGUUUCUUCUCUACACAUCAGGCAGUACUGGCAAACCCAAGGGCUUAGUUCAUUCCCAAGCUGGUUACUUGCUGUUUGCUGCUCUCACACACAAGUACGUGUUUGACUAUCAGGACAGGGACAUCUUUGGCUGUGUGGCAGACAUUGGCUGGAUCACGGGACACACCUAUGUGGUCUACGGCCCCCUCUGCAAUGGUGGUACCACAGUCCUUUUUGAGAGCACUCCCGUCUAUCCUAACCCUGGCCGCUACUGGGAAACAGUAGAGAGGUUAAGAAUUAACCAGUUCUAUGGGGCACCCACUGCCAUCCGCCUGCUCCUGAGAUACGGCGAUGAAUGGGUGAAGAAGUAUGACCGCUCUUCUCUUAAAGUGCUUGGCUCAGUGGGGGAACCCAUCAACAAGGAGGCAUGGGAAUGGUACUUCCGUGUGGUCGGCGAGACACGAUGUCCAGUAGUGGACACUUGGUGGCAAACUGAAACAGGAGGCAUCUGUAUCUCACCCCGUCCUUCUAAUCCUGGAGCUGAAAUCCUUCCAGGCAUGGCUAUGAGACCUUUCUUUGGGAUCAGCCCCUCCCUCUUGGAUGACAAGGGAAAUGUCCUUCUGGAAAAUGGUGUCUCUGGAGCUCUUUGCAUCUCACAAGCCUGGCCAGGCAUGGCACGAACCAUUUACAAUGACCACAAGAGAUUUCUGGAAACUUACCUGACUCCUUAUCCAGGGUUUUUUUUCACUGGGGAUGGUGUGUAUCGUACCAGUGAAGGCUACUACCAGAUAACAGGACGGCUGGAUGACAUCAUUAACAUCAGUGGACACCGGCUGGGCACUGCAGAGGUGGAGGAUGUUGUGAAUCACCAUGUGGCAGUGGCAGAGUCUGCCGUCAUUGGCUACCCACAUGAGAUCAAGGGAGAAGGAGCCUACGUGUUUGUUGUGCUGAAGAAGGACAGUGGCUACACACAGGAGUCUCUUGCUGCCGAGCUACAGGAGCUCAUCUCAAAGAAGAUUGCUAAGUACGCAGCUCCAGAUUAUGUUCAGGUCACACACCGGCUGCCCAAGACACGCUCGGGUAAGAUUAUGCGUCGGGUGCUGCGGAAAAUUGUGGAGGACAAGGCCAGUGAGCUUGGGGACCUAACUACCCUGGAUGACCAUGAGGUUGUGCAGCAGAUCAUAGAGGGACACAAGCACCUUGUGGAGCAGCAGAAGAGCCACUAGCUUGGUUCUGCCAGCAGCCACCUCCCCUUCCUUCACUGCAAAACCAGAGAAACAUCCAAAAAAGCCACUAAGCAAGCAGUGGCCAGUAAGUGCUCGGAUCACACCUCCACUGCAAUCUUGGACUUACCUCUCCACAACACAGAGACCCUCAAAACCUGUCUCCACACACCUAUGUAGACAGCGGAGAGAACAUGACGCAUCAUAGGCAGAAGAGUAAGGGGAGACAAGCUGUUUCCUCCCAUGAAAGCAGAGGGCAAAAAGCCCUCCUUGAGGCUCUUUGUGCCUUGCAGUAGCUGCAGAGGUAGCAGCAGGCAGGAUCUCCAGCCCUGGACAGGGAUACUACUCCUACCUCUGCUCUGCUUUUCAGCAAUAGUCUCGUCCAGGACCAUUGCCAAUAUACAAACAUCUCCUCCAAAGCAAACCCCAGAAAGAAAACACGCAGCAGUCUGGUUAACAAAUAUUGACUCUUCUCCAUAAAAACAGUUUGAAAACAG